GAUCUCUGCCUCUCUUCUAUUCAGGUAGCAAGAUAAGUUCCUGCCACGUCAAUGAAUGAGACAAAUCAUUCCCAGGUGACAGAGUUUGUGUUGCUGGGACUCUCUAAUUCUGAGGAGCUCCAACCUUUCCUGUUUGUCAUAUUUUCACUACUUUACCUAGCAAUACUCCUGGGAAACUUUCUUAUCAUCCUCACUGUAACCUCAGAGUCUCAGCUACACACCCCCAUGUACUUUCUGCUUGCAAACCUCUCUUUCGUAGAUAUAUGUGUUGCCUCUUUUGCUACACCCAAAAUGAUUGCAGACUUUCUGGUUGAGCACAAGACUAUUUCUUUUGAUGCCUGUUUGGCCCAGAUUUUCUUUGUUCACCUUUUCACCGGCAGUGAAAUGGUGCUUCUUGUAUCCAUGGCUUAUGACCGUUACGUUGCUAUAUGCAAACCUCUCCACUACAUGACAAUCAUGAGUCGCCGUGUGUGUAUUAUUCUUGUUCUCAUCUCCUGGCUUGUGGGUUUUAUCCAUACUACUAGCCAGUUGGCAUUUACUAUUAAUUUGCCUUUUUGUGGCCCUAAUCAGGUAGAUAGUUUUUUCUGUGAUCUCCCUCUAGUGACCAAGCUGGCAUGCAUAGACACUUACGUUGUCAGUCUACUUAUAGUUGCAGACAGUGGCUUUCUUUCUAUGAGUUCCUUUCUCCUCUUGGUCAUCUCCUACACUGUGAUACUUAUCACAGUUAGGAAACGCUCCUCUGCUAGCAUGGCAAAGGCCCGUUCCACACUGACUGCU